AGACGCCUCGGAUAAAUGUGAUUUAGUACUUCGUUAACAGUUCGUCGUAGCAGAGCUUGGUGCGGUCGCCGACGGUUUAUCUGGUUUCACUGUGAGUCACGCGCGCGGGUGUGUUACACUAUCCGACACCGAUUGAUAACUCAAACGAUCUCCCCGGUGUGCUCAAGUGAUCAAGUGUGUUGUCGCAAAAAAAGUGAUGACCGUAAUCGGGAAAUAAUUUGAGCUUCGGCAAAGUUCCUCCAAGUGCAAGCAGGCAGGGAGAGCGAGAGCGAAUAAACGGCAGUGAAAAUGACCGACAAAUAGCAAUAACAAAAAAAAAGUGCGAAUCUCAAAACGAGCAUAAAAAAAUCUCAAAAAAAGCAAUCAUCUGUGAUAACCUACAUCAGCGAGGAGCGAAUACAACAACAAAAAGAUAAGUGAAUUCAAAAGCAAUGAAGUAAGAUUUCAGUUCGGAAGAAGCCAAGUGGGUGUUGUGAGUGUAUGUGAGCGCGCGCGCGUGUAUGUUGCCGGAGUGGUGUAGAUCUCAGGUGCGCUCAAGUUCAAAGUUGUUGUUGCUGCGAGGUGUGCCCAGCAGGUGGAGAAGCAACGAGCAAAUUUUGAGCCUCCCCGGCAGAAGCUAUGAUAUCAGUGAAACGUUGUACAGCUACCAAUAUCAGUGCCAGCCAUCACCAUCAUCAUCAACAGCACGGUACCAGCCACCAGCAUCACAAUCAUCAUAGUCAGAACGCCACAACGGUUCAAGUCCGCAGUAGUAGUGCAGGUCGUGCUGCCAGUUCCGGCAGUAAUAACAACAAUCGGUUGAUUCGCAGCCGGAACAGUCCGUACCUGAGUGCUAACGGGUACUCUUCCGGUGGAUCCCCCGGAGGAGGACCGGAUCGGGCUGCUAAUGGAUAUUCGAUUAUAACGAACGGUGGCAGUCUGUACUAUAGCAACAAUAGUGUGCUGGGCACGAAGAGCCAAAGUUCGGUGCUGGGUGGGGCUUCCAGUGGUGGCGAUAUUUUCGAGUUGGACAGUUUGUUUCUGGUGCCAAAAUGUGCCCUCACCUACGAUAAGGCGAUGAGCCUGCGGAAGGACCUGGCUGCGUACGAUUUCAACAUACGGAUUCUGGAGGACACCCCCAAGGGCAACGUUUGGAUAUCUGGAAACAGGGAUGCAACCGUACAAAAACAGAGCAGACCAUCUUCAGCCAAUAAAGACACUCGUCCUCAUUCUGUACAUCAUACACUGCACUGGUUCGCCUGCGUAGGUGAAGAUUACGAUAGCAAUGGUUACAAUAACGAAGACCUGCAGAAAGAACGUGAGGAGCGAAUAAAGCAGAUGAAAGAGCGCCAGAAUGAGGAACGACAGCGAAAACUAGAGGAACUGAAGGCACAAGCACUGGCAGCGCAGAAAUUCCGUGAACAAAAGGAAGAGGAACGACGCCGCCGGAUGGAGGACCUCCGACGGAGAGAGAACGACCGACGCUCACAGGUUGAGGAGCGACGGCGUGCGAUACAGGAGGCGGACAACGAACGGCGACAGUACAUCCUGCAGAAGAACCAGGCACGGGACAUGCGGAUGGACGCAAAGCGACGCAACGAACGCAGCUCGAUACAGUUCGCGUUCGGUUCGUCGACGCCGCGAAUGAUCGACACCACCGACAGCGGAAUGUGCAGCUCGUUCUGGUCCAACCGGAGAGCAACAUCCAUCACGAAUGUGGCGUACACGGGGGCACCACUGACGCGUCGAAGUUCCGAACGGGAACUGACCGACGGCAGCUCCAAGAAACGUGCUACCUCCGCUAGCGGUCUAGACCGAUCGACCGACGACAUGAGACGAAUGUCCAGCUCCAUGUACGAGGUGUUCAACUGGGCCAGCACCAGUGAGUGUCCCAAGAAGUUGACCCUCUCGCUGGCCGGCUCCAGUAUCAACAUCGACGAGCCACCGUCCAGGGCGGAGAGAGCGGCGGCGGCCGCUGUGGCAGCCGCCACGAGAAAGGACGAUUCAGCUGACAUGAGCUACCAGCGUACCGUCAAUCGUCGCAAAACCGAUCUUAUGCCCACCAUUCCUAGUCCUCGCGAUAGCUCUAGAUCAUCUCUCGGCACUCACACUCCCAGAACACCAGGUCGAGCCUUUUCGAUGACACGCUUGGAUACGCUGGCGCAGCCCCGGCGCCGUAAUGGCGAACACAUCAGAGCAAUCAUCGAGCGUGAACGUCGCCAGGCCCACGAGUUGGAGACCCUGGCCCGUCUGUCCCUGUCGUCGUCCCGUUCAUCACCGACGACCGAUGGUGGCGCCAGCAGUAAGCGUAUGUCCCGCAGUAUGUCCCAGCUGGCGAGUUCUUCGUCCAAGUACCGGCACCCGUCGCAAGAGUCGCACACGGGGAGCCGCACGGGAGGUCGCAAGUCGUCGUUCAACUCGUCGCUUGGAGACUCGUUACCGAUGGGCCGCCUGGACACCUCCAAGAGCAUGUCCCAGCUCAACACGGCCGGACGGGUCUCGCGCCUGACCAAGACGGAACGCCUUCGCCAGCAGGUUCGCGAGCAGCUGAACGGUUCGACGACCACGACCACGGCGAUUACGUCUUCUUCUACGACCGCAACAGGUUUGCGUUCCGGUGAAAUUACGCCCAACAGUCUGAACACGUCGCGCCCGGGCAGUGCAAUGUCCAGCUCAACGACCGCCUCCGGUGUGGUGUACCGACGAUCCCUGCCCCAGUCGGCCGGUCCGCAGCGGAAGCCCCGGCCCGCCUCGAUUGCCGUUACCGGCGUGUCGGCGGGCCCGAAAGAAGAGAAACCACCACUUCCGAAAAUUUCCGCAGCGAACAACACCAGCUCCACUAGUUUGGAGCGCAAGCGUUCUCAGAAUGGGGCCAGCACUCCGGCCAGGCCACCCACGGCACCAUCGGUCGACAGCGCAGCCAAGAAGCACCAUACGCCGUCCGAGAAGCCACGGCUAGGAGGCGGUGGCGGCAGUGCCCGAGGUACACCGAAGGCGUCGUCUACUCCGCUUCAGUCACCCGGACCGGAAAAGGCCAACCGCACGAUGCAGGAUUCGCUGCAGAAACAGAAGAAACAACCAGUUGCCGAUGAUCAUUCACAACAGCCACAGCAAAUGUCUUUGGUGAAGGAAGGUUCUUCGAUCAGUGCCAAGAGCAGCACCGAAGAGAAAGUUGAAACUGUAGAGCAGAAACAACAGAAACAAGAGGAAGUGGUAGUGCAAUCGGGCGAUGUUACCACCGUCAUUGAAACUGUUGAGCAGCAACAACCGCAGGUGGUUGUUGUAAGCGAAACGAAGAUUGUGGAAGAAGUGCAUGUUGAACAGAGAAAGAUCGAACAGUUGCCAAGAGUCAUGGAAGUCAGCAGUCACGAAGAAAAAAAGGAUGAAAUGAAGGAAAGUACCACGGCUGGCAACAAACUGGAUCCGAAUCAGGCUUUGGAUGGUUCCAGUGUAGACAUGAUGACCGCCUCCAUGAUUGCCAAGCGCAUCAACACGGAAGAAGAAGCCAAAGCAGCUCUGGCCGAGCGGCGACGUCUGGCUCGAGAAGAAGCCGAGCGUCAAGCUGAACUUGAACGACAGCGAAUUGCUGCCGAAGAGGAAGCUGAACAGCAACGUCAGCUUGAGGAGGAAGAACGCCUUCGCAAGCUAGAGGAAGAGACGAUCCGUUUGGUCGAAGAGCAGCGCCGUCUCGAGGAAGAGCGACUGCAGCAGGCCAUUCAAGAUGCCGAGAAACGUGAAGAGGAUGAGCGCCUACGUCGGGAGGACGAAGCCCGCCAGAAGGUAGAACGCGAGGAAGCCGAAAAGAAGGCUCGCGAAGAAGCCGAACGGCAACGCAUCGAAAUGGCCGAAAGACUUAAGAAAGAGGAAAAGGAACGCGAAGAACGACGCAAGCGAGUGGAAGCGAUUAUGUCCCGAACGCGAGCCAAGGGAAGCGCCAACAAUACUCCAACUAAGCAAUCCGAAGAGAACAAAGAUAAUGCCAUGAGCAAAAGUGUCAUUGUGACGUCCAACACAGCGGCCGCCAUGGCUGAAUCGACGAUGUCGAUGACCGACUCAAUGCUGGGUUCGAUCGAACAGCAGCAACAGCAGCCGGCCGUUGAAUCUACUCCCCACGUCCCUCCAACAGUCGAAGAGCAAACUGAAUCGCUCGAGCAGGGCGUCCAGUCUCUGUCCCUGGCUGAAGGAGACCAACAGAACCAAGAGAACAAUAACAGCAACGAUAGCAGUCUUACCAGCAAUCACAACAAUAACAACAACAGCAGCAGUGGCACAACCGCCCCCGUCAGCAACAAUGCCGAGUAUGAGCGCUCGGUAACGGAGAAGGAGAACCUUCUACUAGGUAGCUUUAACAAUAAUAUGAACAGUAAUGCCACCAGCAACGGAGGCAGUGAUAACGGUAGCAGCCAGCAGCCCUCGUCGCUAGAGUCCAGCUCAAUGCCCGCCGUUGGUGCCACCACCAACGGAAAGUUGACACCCGGGGCGACGACUAUUGCCGAAACGACCGAGCUGAUCAUCGAAGAUGCGAUCAUGAGCGGUCAAACCAACGGUCACAAGAACGGCAGUAUUGAUAAUGUGUUUACACAAAAUACACCGGCUGUUGACGGUACCGCCAAAUUCCUGGCGCACUUCGACACUAACAGUCAACCACCCAUAGAGUUUGCGCUCUCGUCAGCAGCCGACGACGUCGAAGGCAGUGAAAAUCACAACAAUCAGUUGGAUUCGACCUCCAUAAGUACGACGACGACAACAACGACCGGUACGACAGUUGUCGGCCAGUUGCUCGAUUUCAGUAGUUUCCAAUCGUUGCCCGACGAGGCAGAGCAGCCAAAUGCGGCGACCGUCAGUGAAGAUGAUCCCUUCAACCUUAACAUCGACAACAACAACAGCAUCAUUAACAACAAUGACAUCAACAGCAGUCAUGCUGCUGACCUUAUCGAUAGCAGUAGUAAUGGUACCUCAACUUCCUCCUCCAACCCUCUAUUCGCCAGCAGCGAUGCAAAUCUGAUUAGUAAUAGCAAUUUCCUAAAUAAUAAUUCCACGAGGCUAGUCGCAACAUCCGACAGUCAAGACAACCGAGACUUGUCGCUCUUGUGAACGAGUAAAUUGCAAUAGGUUAAAGUACGCGCGUGUGACGUCCCAUCAUUAUCUUCUUUCCAUCCGAUGAUCCUCGAAGGGAGGGAGGGGCCGGUUGAGGUUCAUGCUGCCCUCCACAGAAAGCAUUAUUGAGAAAAAUGGUAAAAUUGAGACAGCUUCGAUUCGUGGAUGCAUGCAUGCAGAAAAGAAAUAAGCAAAGUUGCAGUUUGUGCUUAUUUACUCACCCCAGAAGGCAGAAGGAGAACAAUAGAACAGCACACACAUUCACUCAGACACACAUAAUGAGGAGAGACGUAAGGAAAACAGAAGCAUGCAUACUAAGAAAUUUAUCUAUAUGUAAGGGUGCGUGUGUGUGUGUGUUUAUGAGGAACUGGAAUGUCGAGUGAACGCGAUAGAUAAAAAGUGUACAUGAAAGCUUUAGGUUAGAGGAAGCAGCAAACUGCAUCGCUAGGAUAUAAAUUAGGAUUGGGCGCUUGGCUUCAAAUUGUAGUAGCGAAAUUGUUUUCUUCCCUUUUUCUUGACGAGGAGGCGGAAUUGGAGGUACUAGAAUCGUGGUACGCGAGACAUGGAGGAUGGCGAGAGGAAUGUGUGGAAGGACAUAGCUAGUUAGACUUUUAUUUUAAUUGGAGGAGCUUGAGAAAGAGAGAGCGAGAGAGCAAGUAAACAUGCAAACAUGUGAUCUGAAGGAGGAAAGAAACGAGGAACCGCGUUGUCACGGUGGGUAGGAUUGGCUGUUCGUAAUGCUAUCGUGUUUGGAAAAGUUUUUGAUCAUGAAGAAACUUUCGAAAUGUGGCAAAAUUUUCAGUGUAAAGUUGGUGUUGUGAUAAGUUUUUUUUUGUAGACAUUUCCAACUGUGUAGUGCUUAUAUUUACAAUUAAGGUUUUCAGCUUUGUCAUCCAAUUCAACUUCUGUGUAAAAGAGUUUUUUUUUCAUAAUAUAUAAACAUAUAUAUAUAUACAUAUAUAUAUACAUACAUUGUAUGUUGGGUUCCAACAACAGAUGAAUUAGUCUGUUCCAAUGUAUUUUAAAUCUUUAUCAAAAUCACCAUCCAAAUAGGCACUUUCUUCCCUACGAGCGACAGAAAACAAUUGAAUAGAUUUUAUGGUACACUAUUCGAUUAGUUGUGAAAAUUGGAUGGAUUUUCCUCUGAGGGAACCGAAAAUCUAGAUACUUGCAGUUCUAGAUGCGACAUAAAUUUUAACUUCAAUGAUGAGCAUUCUCUUUUCUUCAUGAAUAUUGCAUUCGAUUCUAGUACUACGCCAUUGUUUUAUAUUCAAACAACAAUCUGUUGACGUGUUUGAUUUUGAAUAUUUUGUUAUGCAGCAUCAAACAAGGACCUGAGUGGUGUACUUAUUUAGUAAAGUUUUUUGUUAACAUAAUCUAGUACUUCACCCCGUUGCUACAAACCAUCUUCAGUAUUAAAGACUUUCUCUAAAUGCAUAUCCUGCAUCUCGUGACGCACGGUUCAGCCACUCGCCGUCGGUAGGUGCUAUUAACUAGGGACGAUACAAAAAGGGAAGUGCAUUAGCACUUGGCAGUAAUCCAAACAGUUACGUGCAAAACAAUUUCACCUAGUAGUGUUGUAAAAACAAAUGCAUAGAAAUACAAAUCAAACAAGUUGGGAUAAAAAUUUUCACUGACUGCUGGCUGCAAGGCGUAGAAAAAACUGCAAGCAAGAAAUCACACAAACAAGUUACGUAUUCCGGAUCAACUACACUCAAACAAACAAAAACAAUACUUCAUUAAUGAACCAGACAAAAAAUGCGCUAAUGAAAGGAAACUAUUGAAAUUAAGAAAUCAAAGUAAUAUAUUACUAUAUAUUAUAUCAAUGUUGAUAAAUUGAGAAAAAGUAAGCAAAAACCCUAUUCAGCAAAUUGAUUAUUAUUAUAAUUAUUGAAUUAUUACCAGUUCUUAACACUUCCUGACUUGGUGCAGAAAGUUCCAAACAAAAAAAAAAACAAAAGAAAAGAAAAUCAAUAUCAAAACCAGAAACAAAAACGCCGUAAACUUAGUUUGACUAAUUUUCCUAAGCAAAACGAUAGCGCGAAAGCCUUCAGUGCAGUGUCGCUGGGACUUUAAAACGAAAAAGUAAAUAGAAAUGUUUAACUAUAAAAUACUAGUAUUCUAAUCUGUUAAAUUAUGUAUAAAACACAAGAAAAAAUACCAUUACAAUGUAAUUUAAUGAUUACACGAAACACAAAUCAAGUGAAGAGAAAAAAAACAACACGACUACACUAACACACAUACACAAAACACACGGACACCAUUAACGUAAAGUGGGCAAAAAAAAAUGUAAUCACAUACAUUGAUUAAAACAAAAGUCAUUAAAGCAAGUUAAAUCUACCUUUCGCUAAUUUAAGUGAUUAACCUAUAGGAAAAGUAGCGACGCAGCCGCGAUGCACCGUUGCGUCUACUAUUAAAUUAUGAUUUUUUGUAUGUUUUUAUCAUUAUCAACAAAGACAGAAAAUUCCUGGAAAUAAAAUGAAACUGCUAUCAUACAACACAUACACACAUACACACAAUUAUUAUGAUUGGCUUUGCUUUCUCUUGUUCCAUUUCUUUGAUGUAAACCUUCUGUUCGGUUCGCAUCGCUUGACUUGGCUUUUGAUUUGGAAAUUCCAUCCAUGUAAUCGAAUCCGAUAUUUACUCUCCAUUUGGAAAGAAUCCAACACUGUUCAAAUGUAAACAAUUCCGAAUACAAAAACAGCAACACGCGGUUGUCAUUUUGAUAGAUAGAAGCACACACGUUUCAUUCACACGAAAGCUAACGCUGCGUUGAGAAAAGAAAACGGUAACUUAAAUUAAAUAAAUAAAUAAAGUUUUUCAACCCCCGGAAUGAAACACAAUCAGAUGGAUCUGCAAAUAUUUUUUUCUCCCCAUGGAUGGGAAUUGCAGAUAUUUUCGGCGAAUGAGAUACUGAACAGGUUCAAAAGUGAUGGGAUAGAUGAUAUAGCUUGAUGACUUCUGAAAAGAGAGAUACCUACUCCGGGACUAUAAAUAGUUUGAUAGUAGGGAUACAAUGACUAGAUUGAGGAAGGAAUAAACUGAAGAAUAAAAAAAAAACACUGGUUGGACAGAGAAAAGAAGAUUAAUAAUUCUAUUAAUGCUUGUAAUAAAUGCUUUAUAUAUAAAAAUAUAUAAAAUCAAUAAAAAUAUUUAAACAGAAA